GUUAAUUCAUUUAAUCAAAACUCAAACACUAGUGCUUUUGUGUCAACCAUUGUCUCUAUUAAGGGAUUUAAUUGCUUACAAAUUAUGGCCGACUUUGGGGUAGAAGCGAAAGGCGUGAAGAAUAUUAAUUUCACGAAUUGGUCCCAAACCUACUCAUGUCAACCAAACCUCUACUUCAUUCCCAAAGAUGUCGAGGAAUUGCGAGAAAUCAUAUUUUUGGCCAAAAGCACAUCGAAGAAGGUCCGAGUGGUUGGCUGCGGACACUCCCCGUCAGACAUCUGUUGCACCGAUGAUUAUAUGAUUAGUUUAAGAUAUUUUAAUAAUGUUUUGAGUAUUAAUUGCGAGACAAAUACCAUAAGAGUUGAGGCG